AAGCAAGUAGCUAGAAAGAGAUAGAGCGCGUACACGAGGCAGGAGGCGCUCCCUCUAAUCCCGGCUGCGACGCCAAACAGCAUUGCACCGGCUGCUACAAUAGUCUUAAUGGAGGCUCAGGCAGACUCUGGUGCUGCAGAGCCACUUAGAGAUCGAGAGUUCCAGAAGCUUCUGAAGUCCUCCAGCUCUGCCAGUCUCACCAGCGAAGCGUCCCACAAUGCCUCAGGAGAGCAUGUCGGUACCCCGUCACAUCAUGGCAGCCAGGUGCUGAUCACCGAGAAACGACAGCCUCUCAGCAGUGUGUCCUCUCUGGAGGUACACUUUGACCUCCUGGACCUGACGGAGCUCACAGACAUGUCUGACCAGGAGCUGGGGGAGGUGUUUGCUGAUUCAGAUGAGGAGAAUCAUACAGAAUCCCCAGCAAUUCACCCUGCAGAUCGCCAGCAGCCACCAUUACCUAGAUUUCCACACAGCGGUUACGUCCGCUCGCCCUCCUGGACCCGCGGUGGAAAAGGGGAACAGCAACCGAGAGAUCGAAAGCAUCAUAGUGACUCCGAAAACACAGAGCCAAUGUUGAAGAUAGAGCGCUCUCAAUCCCAGCAGCCUUGAGCCAGGGACAGCUACAGGGGCUUAGGAAGAAAACAAAGCCCUUGUGCGGAAAGUGGAGUUUCCUCUCAAGCAAGAAGAUGAGGAACUCUUGGGAUCAAAGGACAUGGGGAUCCCACCUAAAGAUAAUGCAAUCCCUUCGUCCAUUAUGGACAAGAAGAGAGCUCCAAAAAGCUGGGGUAAGUGUAGACUCUUCCUCAAGAUGGAACAGACUUCAUGCAACUAGGAUUUUGGGACGCCUCUUUGGGACCGAGUUACUUUCAGUCUUCUCCAUGUGACUACUGCAUAUGGAGAACUUGAAGCAUGAUGUAGCAUUAUGGACAACACUGGCUCAAGCAAAGUGAAUCUAAGGAGCACCUGAUGUAUUCCACAUCACAUUCCAGUGAUUUGAAUCUUCAAGGAACUAUUUAAAAAACAGUGCCAUGUAUUGAAGCAGCAACUGUGAUAAGACAUUUCCAGAGAACCUACAGCAUAGUUCAAGACAUGGCAAUGCAGAGAAGUUACAAGAAUUCCCAACAAAAGUGUCCUUCGAGGAGAUUCUGCAUGAAAAUAGGGAGACCCAGAAACAAAGUGAAAAAUCUUGUAAAAAAAAUCAUGCCUGAGGCCUGAAACAUACCCUACACAAGUACAUGAAUGCAGACACUUUGAGCAACACAAGAUUGAUUUCAUACAUCUUUGCGUUUCAGAAUUUGUCAGAAUAGAAUUCAUAUUGCAGCAUAUUGCACUGGGUUCUCAUCUUUACCGACAAGAGGGUGUCCAAUCUCGAUAUGGAAGACCACCUUCCUGUGGACUUUAGCGCCAACCUGCCCUAACAUAUUGGAUAGGAUUGGUUAACCCUGCAUAAGCAGUCUUCCCUGGUCAGUUUUAUCCCUUAAGGCAGUGUUUCCCAACCCUGCUCCUGGAGGCACAGCAACAGUACACAUUUUUAUACACUUGCUAAAUCAAAUACACGUGAUUAAACUCAUCAGCUCAUUAGUACUGCAAGACCUGAACGGAUAGGUCAGAUAAGGUAUACAUCCAAAAAGUGAUGGUGUUGGUACUGUUGGUGUGCCUCCAUAUAUGGUGUGUUAGGAAAUACUGCCGUCAUGUUGGAACAUGAGUUUAAAGAGUAUACUGCUGAAUGUGUUAUUUUAAUUUUGACCAACUUUUUGAUGAUAAUUAUCGCCCCCUUGAGUACUGAGGUUUGUUACAGCCACAGUAACACAUAUGUGCAUAUGUACAGCAGGACCACACAAGCAUUCUGACUGGUGUAGAAUAUGUUUCCGGCCUAACUUAAUGAGUACAGCAUUUGAAGUUGCACUUGAAUUGAUGAAAGGGAGAAUAAUCUUUUAGCAAUAUGUUUUUAACCACUCUGUAUCAUUAAAUGUCAUUAAUAAUUUCACAUCAAGACAACAUUCAAAUCAGUCCUCAGUUGUGAUCACUGGUGCACAGCAGGAAAAUGUGUUUGAUCCACAUAUAAUCCUAAAAGUGGAAAAAAGCUACUGGGCAGGAAUUCCAAAUGCAAAUCCCUAAAAGUAAAAUUCUGUUGUACAAAUUUUUGGACUCCUAUCAAAGUUGUACUGUAUUUGUCACCAGGGUUAUUACAGGGUUCAAUGAUGUCAAGCAUGAUCUAUAGACAGGGUCACAUUGGAGAAGAAAUUUACAAACUACCAGAAUCAUUAACAAGUCUGCCAAAUCAAGGAGGACCGAAAUCUAACAGGAAUAAAUGUGAAAUGACAAAGAUCAGAUUGUUUUUCCUCGGUUUCUUUGUCCAAUCCAUUUUACUGUAUUUAUUACUAUAGAAAGCAGGUCGUGUGACACAACGCCCUCUCAAUUAGCUCUAAAUGGAGACAGCAUGGUACAAUUUAAUUUAAUAGAUUAUAUGGACAGCACUGGUCAUGCAGACACCAAAGCAUGAUACACGUGACAUGCAACUCAAGAGGUUCGCUUUUCGGAUUAAAGAACAGUCCAACAAACAGUGCUUUUGUCUGAGGAGAUGCCUUUUGUAAAAAAUAUCCACAAAUAUAAACUGGGAUUUUAUACUCUUUUAUAAUUUAACAACCAUAAAUAAUAGCAAGAUUUGUAGCUCAAUGUAUUGUCAUCAUAUUUUUAGAUAGCACUGAUUCUGGAUGCUACUUGGUUAACUCUCACCCAUCUAAAAUGGGAGCGUCCCUGAUGAACAGAACGCUUGGAAGAGGAAGUAUGAUAAAUCAUGUAGCUAUGCCCUACUUCUGCCGAUGUCAGUGUAGACUGUAUGGUGCUUAGAGAUACAAUAUAUCAACAUUGUAAGUGCUAGAAGAGGUUUUUGCCCUUUCUACAGAUUAGAAACAGUAAAUAUAACCAUGGAGAAGUGGUGAAUUCAUAAAUAUGUGUACUAGGAUGCACCGAGUUACAAG